AUGCCAAUAAAGUUCAUUGAAAAAUUAAAGAACAAAUCACGUGAGAAAAAAGACAAAAAGGACCAAAAGCCUAAAUCCCAGCAUCAUGAUAAAAAUAAUGAGAAGGGCACGAAACUCAAAGCUGUGAAAAAGGCUAAAGGAAGCUCAACUUUAUUUAAAAAAAGCAAAAGUGAAAAGAGGACACAACCGGUCCUCUCUAAUGCGAAACAGCCCGUUGCUUGCUCAGAUGCAUGUGAAAAUAACCAAAACAUUGAGGAAGAGGAAGAAAGAGAAAACGUAUAUGGCAAUUCAGACCCGCAAGUGCUGAACAAUGAGAUUUAUGCGACUGAAUAUGCAAGCUCCAACUUAAAUCAGGAGUAUUUAAAUCCUGAUCCCAAACUGGAUACUUUCAAUGAAGGUAUUGAAAAAGAAGAUGCAGCUAAUGACGAUGAACUGUCUGCUGUUGUUGAAGAUAAAGUUGUUGCGCAUGAAAUGAAUUUGAUGGAAAUUCGAAAUUCUUCCCCCGUUGCCAAUAACCUCUCGUCGGAUUUGUCAUCAACGAGUCUUAAGAUGCGGCAGGAAGAACCGACAGUGUUAUCAACAAAUUCAGAUACUUCCGACGAUGAAUGUAAACGGAGUGAGCCAAACCAAAGUAUUUCAUCCAACUCUUUACUCGAAGCUACGAGAAAUGCAGCUCCUUAUGUUAACGAAUCAUUAACAGAAAAUGCACAUUCGUCUAGAGAGGUAGAAGAGGGACCUUCUGAGAAAAAUUCCCUACUAGUCAAAAAACUAAAUAAUGCUGGUGUCUUAGCUACCGUACCAACAACUGCACCCCCUUCAGAUGAUUUAAGCUCACUUGAGGACAAUGAAUACAUUAAGGUAACAAAACCGCCUUCUUCCACACAUACUGAUUCGACGGAGCGAAAUAAAUUGACUCCUCAAAUCAAAGCACCAACUCAAAAUCAGAAGCCUGAACCGGAACCUAUUGUGGGAAUUCUAAAAAAGAAGUUCAUGCCAAUUCAUGUCCCCCUUUCUGCUCAGAGUACUGAAAAUUCGUCUGACAAUAAGAGAUCUUUUAGUGCAAAAGAAAUCCCCCGAGCCCCUCCUGAGUCUGGUGUUAGCACUGCCAAACCAAUAUCAGAUGCCGUUGAUGCUGAACCAACAUCUUUUGGCAAUGUAAAAGAACAGUGGGAACGAAUUGACGAUAAUAAUUCGCAAUCGGAAGAUUUCAAGGCCGCACUAGUUUCUUUAUUAUCAAAUCAAUCCUCAAAUAGUCGUUCAAGCAAAGGUGAAAAAAGGACACAACCUGUCCUCUCUAAUGCAAAACAGCCCGUUGCUUGCUCAGAUGCAGGUGAAGAUAACCAAAACAUUGAGAAAGUGGGAGAAAGAGAAAACGAAUAUGGCAAUUCAGACUCGCAAGUGCUGAACAAUGAGAUUUAUGCGACUGAAUAUGCAAGCUCCAACUUAAAACAGGAGUAUUUAAAUCCUGCUCCCAAACUGAAUACUUUCAAUGAAGGUAUUAAAAAAGAAGAGAGAGCUAGUGACAAUGAACUGUCUGCUGUUGUUGAAGAUAAAGUUGUUGCGCAUGAAAUGAAUUUGAUGGAAAUUCGAAAUUCUUCCCCCGUUGCCAAUAACCUCUCGUCGGAUUUGUCAUCAACGAGUCUUAAGAUGCGGCAGGAAGAACCGACAGUGUUAUCAACAAAUUCAGAUACUUCCGACGAUGAAUGUAAACGGAGUGAGCCAAACCAAAGUAUUUCAUCCAACUCUUUACUCGAAGCUACGAGAAAUGCAGCUCCUCAACUCAAAACACCAACUCAAGAUCAGAAGCCUGAACCUAAACUUAUUGUGGGAAUUCUAAAUAAGAAGUUCAUGCCAAUUCAUGUCCCUCUUUCUGCUCAGAGUACCGAAAAUUCGUCUGACAAUAAGAGAUCUUUCAGUGCAAAAGAAAUCCCCCGAGCCCCUCCUGAGUCUGGUGUUAGCACUGCCAAACCAAUAUCAGAUGCCGUUGAUGCUAAACCAACAUCUUUUCGCAGUGUAAAAGAACAAUGGGAACGAAUUGCCAGUAAUAAUUCGCAAUCUAAAGAUUCCAAGGCCACACUAAAUUCUUCAAUGCCAAAUGCACCCUCAACUAGUCGUUCAAGUAAAAAUGAGGCAGCUGCAGCAUCCCUGGUGGCUUCUAGUUCGACAAAAGUUCGACCAGUUUCUAAGCAAUCUAACAAUGAAAAGGCAGGAAUUAAAUUAGAAACAUCGUUUGCUAUCUCAAAUUCAGCGAAAGAUUCAGACAUAUCUAGUUCCAGCUCCACCUCUACCUCUAGCUCAUCAAGCUCCGAGUCUUCAGACUCUACCUCAUGUAGCACUUUCUGUUCUUCCGACUCAGAAUCAGAUUCUUCCUCUACUUCCUCAUCUAGUUCUUCUGACUCUGAUUCAGACUCAGAUUCCGAGGUGACAACUUCCAGCAGUAGUAGCAGUAGCAGUAGCAGUAGCAGCAGCAGCAGCACAAGCACCUCUAGAAUUAAAGACCAAAGAGCCAACGCCCCAGAGAAAAGUCAUUCAAAACCUCGGGAAAUCAGAGCUGAAAGAUUUUGA